AUGAAGACUCGAGGCCGUGGUUCAUCUUCCAAGUCUGUGAAAUCUCAGCAGGAGACACUUCCUGAAUCUGUUCCCACUGCCACUCCUUCGGUCCCAGCAUCAAUCCCUGCUGUCUCUCCUACUCCAGGCCGUCGUUCUAAAACCAUAGCAAGAAAGAAGGUUCUUGCUCUUUCGGGUCAUAUAAGUUCGUCUGUUCUUGGUGCUUCUAGCAAAGGAGUUACGUUCUCGAAUUUGGAUGCUGAGCCAAUUCCAGCCUCGGCGUUUUCACUCGCCUCUCCCGAAGGUCAAAUAAAAGCCAAACUGGCCUUGGGAACUAGUCAGUCCAAAUCAAUUUCCAAUGAAGAUGUGUCUGUUCCAUCUGAUCAUGACUCUGAAUCCUCACUAUCACCUGAUGUGUUGACACCCAAGGCAAAGGGCAAACGUAAGUCCAAAGCUGUUGGGUCGAAGAAAGGGAAAAAGGCCAAAGUGGCUAAAUCUAAAGGUACCAGCUCCAUCUCUAAUUCAUCUCCUUUAUCUCAUUUUAAAUUAAAGGCCAAAAUCAAUCCUCCCCCAUGCACCUCAUCGGAGGAUGUCUCUCCCGAGACGGAAGACUCUCAGCCUGAGUUGGACCCUUCUUUGACCGAGCCCAAUCCUGAAGUUCCUCUUGAUAAUUUGGCUGAGGAGACUGACUCUGAAGAAGACCCAUCUAAAGCCUCUCCAGUUGCAUCGGACCCAAAAGGCACCAAUCCUUUGGCAUUUCCUGAAUUUUCGUCCAAACUUGCAAAGCAAAAAGGUGCUCCUGCCCGUAACUCAGACCAAUCUUCUUUCAUGUUCCAUAAAGUUUAUGUUAGGGGUCAUUGGUAUAAUUUUAGCCCGUCCGAAAUUGCUAAGGCUCUCAAUCUCGUCCCUGUGGAGAUUGAUGAUUCUAUUGAAUUUGCAAAGGAUCAAGUUUUGUCUGAACUGGUUGGUCAGGCUAUGGUGUGGGAACCAAGCACCUCUCUUCGAGUCACCGAUCUCACUCAUUUCUAUGGUGCUCUUUUCAAAUUUGCUAUGUUUAAUUGGAUGCCUACCACACAUUCCUCCACCAUCACACAAGAUAUGGCCUUCCUACUGUUAAAAAUUGGUACUGGAGUCGCCAUUGAUCUUGGAGCUGUUAUUUUUGACCAAAUCAUGUCUCUAAGUGGUGCCAAACAUAAGGGGCAACACUUGAUGUUUCCUCAGGUCAUUUACAAGCUUUUGGACUCUCAACAUCCUUUGAAGACGUCUCAUGAGACCUUGACUUCUCCUUUGGUUGGUCCCACCUAUACUGUCAAAGAUGAUCAUGCUCCGUCCACCGCUCGAAAAGUCAAAGGAAUUAAUCUGGCUAGUCCUGCUUCUGGCAAUGUUGUGACUGACACUCCUGCUGUCCCGACUGAUCUUGGUGCUGUCCAGACAGGACUUACCAGUCUUUCUGUCCGGUUCUCUCUCAUGGAGGAAACUCAGCGCCAAAUUCUUGCUUCAUUAGCCACUCUCAAUGCAUCCAGCUCUCCUGCCCCAUGA